GCUGGGGACAAAGUCACAUUAGUGAUAUCUUUACUACGAGGAAAAGUGAAAAAAAAAGAAAAGGAUAAAGCAAAAGGUAUAAUAAGAAACUGUAAAAACAAAGAGAUUCCACUACUUAAUAACCUCUAAAGUCUAAAUAACACCAUUUUAAUUUCAAUCCGCAAAAACUCAUCCUAAACAUCCUUUCAAUUAUCAAUCAAUCAAUCAUGAAAAGAUCCAAUUGGAACCACAACUUGAUCAUUUCUCUACUUACCUUGUCAUCAUUCAUUUUAGGCUUCACAAAUGCUCAAUCAAAGCUCUGCAGAACAUCCUGUGGAGACAUCCCAAUCAAAUACCCAUUCGGCAUCGAUGAUGGCUGCGGAAGCCCAUAUUACAGACACCUCUUCAUCUGUUCAUCAGAUUCAGGACAAAACCAAAAACAACAACAAUUGGAGCUCAGAACACCUUCAGGAAGAUAUCCCAUAAAAAACAUAACCUAUUCAGAUCCUCACAUCCUUGUUUCCGACCCCUUCAUGUGGAAUUGCCAAGACGGCAUCAAUUUCCGUCCAGCCAGACCAUUCAGCUUAGACGCCAGCACCCAUUUCAAGCUCUCAGCUCAAAACGACUACCUGUUUUUCAACUGCAGCCCGGAUGAAGUGAUCAUGGAGCCCAAGCCCAUGUUCUGCGAGCGUUUCCCUGAGCAAUGUGAUUCCACCUGCGACAGCUCCAGUUACCUGUGCCGGCAUAUGCCGGAAUGCGCGUCGGCGUUGAGGGGAAGUUCCUGUUGUUCUUACUAUCCUAAAUCGACGGAGUCGUUGAGGCUGAUGUUAAGGCAUUGCGCUAGUUAUGCUAGUGUUUAUUGGAGGAACCUCGGUGUGACUCCGCCGUUUGAUCAGGUCCCGGAAUACGGUGUCCGGGUUGAUUUCGAGAUUCCGGUGACGACACGGUGUUUGCAGUGUGAGGAUCCGGUCAAGGGCGGUGGGAUUUGUGGGUUUGAUUCCCAGACACAGAAUUUCUUGUGCCUUUGUCCCAAAGGAAACGUUACUACUUUUUGCCACGGUAUGCUUGCUUACUGCUUUAGUGCUUUUUGCAGAGUUUUUAUAUCAAGAGGAUAUUUUACUUCCUCUAUUCUUAAAAUAAAUAAAUAAAUAAAUAAAAAUAGUCCAAAUUAUACUUCAUGAUUUCUCUACUAACUAUCAUAGCAAACUAAUUGUUUGAUGUAUUUAUCUGCGUUUCAGAUCCUAACAUCUCUCAGCACACGAGAUCCACAGUAGUUGCAGGUACGGCGACGGCAGUUUCAGUGGUGGGAGCAUUUGGGAUUGGAGCAGGCGUUUGGUAUGUGAGGAAAGUGAUGACAAAAGCCCCAGUGACUCACGGAGUUGUAAGCAAUGAGAACAGACUUUUUUGAUUUUGUAAAUUCUUGCUUCCAAUUUUUUCCUUUUAAUUUUUUUUACUAAACAUGAAAUUAUAAAGAUGUUUUACGAAGUGAGUUUUUUUUUUUUUUUGAGAUUAUCAAUGUACUCAAAGAUCGAUAUUCAGCACAUGAAAAUACACUAUACAAGUACUCCGUAAUUCCUCUACAUAUUUUCUAUCAGACAGACAUACAAGUGAAUAACCUAGAUACUUUGUAUAUUUUCUCAGAGUAUCUACUAUGAAAGGUUAUUUAAAUAAUUUUGAACAGUCUAGUACAAAUUUUAC